AAUGUUUAACCACUGCCCACUUACGCAAGAAGCCUUCCGGAGGGACAAGUCUACAGACGCCGCGCGUCGCAACAACGUCACUUCCGCCGGAAGGUUCUCAUGAGGAACCACUCAGAUUCCUGUCACUUCUCAAAGCAUCUCCGUCGAAGACAUGGCUCUGCCACCCUUUUUCGGCCAGGGUCGCCCAGGCCCACCGCCCCCGCAGCCGCCGCCUCCUGCUCCUUUCGGCUGUCCGCCACCGCCGCUGCCCUCCCCGGCUUUCCCGCCUCCUCUCCCCCAGCGGCCCGGCCCUUUUCCGGGGACCUCCGCCCCCUUCCUUCAGCCUCCGCUGGCUCUGCAGCCCCGAGCCUCCGCGGAAGCCUCCCGCGGCGGCGGCGGCGGCGGCGGCGCUGGCGCCUUCUACCCGGUGCCACCACCGCCGCUGCCUCCUCCGCCGCCCCAGUGCCGGCCCUUCCCGGGGACCGACGCCGGCGAGCGACCGCGGCCGCCGCCUCCCGGCCCGGGGCCGCCUUGGAGCUCGCGCUGGCCUGAGGCGCCGCCGCCGCCGGCCGACGUGCUCGGGGAUGCGGCCCUCCAGCGCCUGCGCGACCGGCAGUGGCUGGAGGCGGUGUUCGGGACCCCGCGGCGGGCUGGCUGUCCGGUGCUCCAGCGCACGCACGCUGGGCCCAGCCUUGGCGAAGUGCGAGCGCGAUUGCGCGGGGCUCUGCGCCUGGUGCGACGGCUGCGCGGCCUGAGCCAGGCCCUGCGCGAGGCCGAAGCCGACGGCGCGGCCUGGGCCUUGUUGUAUUCCCAGGUGGGGCCGCUGCGCGCGGAACUGGCCGAGCGGCUACAGCCGUUGACCCAGGCUGCCUAUGUGGGCGAGGCGCGGAGGAGGCUGGAGAGGGUCCGGCGCCGCCGGCUGCGGCUUCGCGAGAGGGCCCGGGAACGCGAGGCCGAGCGGGAGGCAGAGGCCGCGCGGGCAGUGGAACGCGAGCAGGAGAUUGACCGCUGGAGGGUGAAGUGUGUGCAGGAGGUGGAGGAGAAGAAGCGGGAGCAGGAACUCAAAGCAGCCGCUGAUGGCGUACUAUCUGAAGUGAGGAAAAAACAAGCAGAUACCAAAAGAAUGGUGGACAUUCUUCGGGCUUUGGAGAAAUUGAGGAAAUUGAGGAAAGAGGCUGCAGCAAGGAAAGGGGUUUGUCCUCCAGCCUCAGCAGAUGAGACUUUUGAGCACCAUCUUCAGCGACUGAGAAAACUCAUUAAAAAGCGCUCUGAACUAUAUGAAGCUGAAGAGAGAGCCCUCAGAGUUAUGCUGGAAGGAGAACAAGAGGAAGAGAGGAAAAGAGAAUUAGAAAAGAAACAAAGAAAAGAAAAAGAGAAAAUUUUACUUCAGAAACGUGAAAUUGAGUCCAAGUUGUUUGGGGAUCCAGACGAGUUCCCACUUGCUCACCUCUUGGAGCCUUUCCGACAAUAUUACCUCCAAGCUGAGCACUCCCUACCAGCGCUCAUCCAGAUCAGGCAUGAUUGGGAUCAGUACCUGGUGCCAUCCGAUCAUCCCAAAGGCAACUUCGUUCCCCAAGGAUGGGUCCUUCCCCCGCUCCCCAGCAACGACAUCUGGGCAACUGCUCUUAAGCUGCAUUAGUAAGGAUGCUCCAGGAGUGUGGUCCAGCCAACGCUCUUUCCAGCUCUAAAUAUUAGCGAUGGUGCCAUCUUUUGCUGUAGACUAAACUGCAACUUCUGAAUUCCAUGUGGCAUUCCCCUACCCUGAAGUUACGCUUUCCUUCUGUGCUCUAUGCUGGCCAGAGGUGCCUCUUAAAUCAGAUUAAUGUGGUUCUUCAAGAAAGGACUUAGGUGAACUGAGCUUUUUACCACAGGCAGUGAAUGACCUGGGUUCACCAAAUUUGCCUCUGUUUUGAGGGGCUUGGUCCAGAGUGACUAAUUUACUCUAACUUCCUUGUGUGUUGAAGGGUAAGUACACUCAAACACUGAAUACAGGUGUGCAAUGGGUAGAUUUCACAGCCCUUCCACUAAUAGUGAGUGUGAAGGCAAGCUUGAUGCAAAACCUCCUGACCUUUCCUACCUGAAGAGCCCUUUGACUUCUAGGAAGAAAGGUCAAAAACAUGUUACUUCUAGGAAGAAAGGUCAAAAACAUGUUAUCUUCAGUUUUGUUAAUCCCAGUUUUGGUGCAGCUUGGGAGGCUGCUAAUUAGGAAGAUGGCAGUGACUGUAGGCUGGGUUGCCAGAAAAUAUGGUGGCCUAGUCUUAUUAUUUCAGGUGGGGUACUUAGAAAACCUGAAGAAUACCCAAAUUGGAUUGUGUUUUAAUGGACAAUGGCUAUAUUUUUUCCAUGUUAGAAGGAUCCUAAUGAAAGCACCUGUUAUUUUUAAGUUUCUAAGGGUCUAGUUGUUCAGAAUCCCCAAGGAUAUUUCCUUAACCUCACCCAGUCACAUUGUAGGAGCCAGUGUAGCUGUGGAAUUAUCUUAGGAACUCAAGCUUCUAAAACUAGCCAUGUAGUCAAAUCUGGGGGAAAAGCAAAUACAAAUAAUAAAAUAUAUUUUUUAUAUUCAUUAAUAAAUGCUGUUGUGCUUGGAGAUGAUCACUCA